AAUUCAGCUAGCCUUCUUCAAGGUCUGCUCUAUAGGUCUUCACUCUCUUUCUCUCAGCUUGGUUUGGCUGUCAAUGGCGGCCUCGGAGGGUGCAACAGAAUCGAAUCUACGUCACGCCUUCGGAAAUGUUCUCUCAUUCUUCAUUCUGCUUCUGAUCGGUGUUCUCGCAUUCUCGAUCCGACUCUUCUCAGUGAUUAAGUACGAGAGUGUUAUUCAUGAGUUCGAUCCUUAUUUCAAUUACAGAGUCACUCAGUUUCUUACAAAGAAUGGGAUAUAUGACUUCUGGAAUUGGUUUGAUGAUCGGACUUGGUAUCCUCUUGGGCGUGUGAUUGGCGGAACUGUUUACCCUGGAUUAACAUUGACGGCUGGCACCUUGUGGUGGAUACUGAAUUCUCUAAACAUUCCUCUAUCUGUGGAAACUGUUUGUGUCUUUACUGCUCCUACAUUUUCCGCUAUUGCUGCUUGGGCAACCUACCUUUUAACAAAGGAAGUUAAAGGCACUGGUGCUGGACUUACUGCAGCAGCCCUUUUGGCCAUGGUUCCAUCCUAUAUAUCUCGAUCUGUGGCUGGCAGCUAUGACAAUGAAGCUGUUGCCAUAUUUGCUUUGAUCUUCACUUUCUAUCUAUAUAUAAAGACACUAAACACUGGAUCCCUUUUGUAUGCUACUUUAAAUGCCAUAGCAUACUUUUACAUGGUUUGCUCUUGGGGAGGAUACACCUUUAUUAUCAACCUCAUUCCAAUGCAUGUGCUUCUUUGCAUUGUAACUGGUCGCUACUCUUCUCGGCUUUACAUUGCAUAUGCUCCACUUGUUGUCUUGGGAACAUUGUUAGCCUCAUUGGUGCCAGUUGUUGGUUUUAAUGCAGUCAUGACAUCAGAACAUUUUGCAUCAUUUCUGGUUUUCAUUGUCAUUCAUGUGGUGGCUCUUGCAUAUUAUAUCAAAGGAAUUCUCUCUCCAAAAAUGUUUAAAGUAGCCGUUACACUUGUUCUAGCUGUUGGCCUGGUAGUAUGUUCUGCUGUAAUAGCAGUACUUAUAGCAAUGGUAGCUUCUAGCCCAACAAAGGGAUGGAGUGGAAGAAGUUUGAGCCUGCUUGAUCCAACUUAUGCAAGCAAGUACAUACCCAUUAUUGCCAGUGUUAGUGAACAUCAACCACCUACUUGGCCGUCUUACUUCAUGGACAUUAAUGUCUUGGCUUUCUUGGUUCCAGCUGGCAUUAUUGCAUGCUUUUUGCCGCUGUCUGAUGCAAGCUCUUUUAUGGUUCUUUACAUAGUAACAUCAGUAUAUUUUUCUGGUGUCAUGGUGCGCCUAAUGCUUGUGCUUGCUCCAGCGGCAUGCAUAAUGUCUGGUAUUGCUCUUUCUGAAGCUUUUGAUGUUUUUACACGAUCAAUCAAAUGUCAGUUACCUGGUGUAUCACAAAAUUCCCAGAUUGACGUAGGGGAUUCUACUUCUGGCAGUGUUGUUACACAAGAUGAGGUGGUGAAGACUGAUAAAACUGAAGACUCCUUAAAGGAACGACCUUCCAAAAAGAACAAGAAGAAGGAAAGGGAAAGAGAAAGGGAAAAUGUGGAAAAGGCUUCUAUUAAGACCCCAAUUCAGAAGAGGCUUCUGGUUUUACCUCUGGAGUCAUCUGUCAUUGCUCUUCUCUUACUUGUGUUGCUGGGCGCCUUUUAUGUGGUUCAUUGUGUCUGGGCAGCAGCAGAAGCAUAUUCAGCCCCUUCUAUUGUGCUAACAUCUCGUUCACAUGAUGGUCUUCAUGUUUUUGAUGAUUUUAGAGAGGCCUAUGCAUGGUUGAGCCACAAUACUGAGGUGGAUGAUAAAGUUGCGUCCUGGUGGGACUAUGGUUACCAAACAACUGCUAUGGCUAACCGUACCGUUAUUGUGGACAAUAAUACCUGGAACAACACACAUAUUGCAACUGUUGGUACUGCCAUGUCGUCUCCUGAAAAGGCAGCUUGGGAAAUUUUUCAGUCUUUGGAUGUAAAAUAUGUUCUUGUUGUCUUUGGAGGUGUUGUUGGCUAUCCUAGUGAUGAUAUUAAUAAGUUCCUAUGGAUGGUUCGCAUAGGAGGGGGUGUAUUCCCUCACAUAAAGGAGCCUGAUUAUCUGAGAGAUGGUCAGUACCGGAUUGAUUCUCAGGCGACUCCGACCAUGCUAAACUGCCUCAUGUACAAACUAUCCUAUUACAGAUUUGUGGAGACAGAUGGUAAAGGCUUUGAUAGAGUCAGGGGAACUGAAAUUGGAAAGAAACAUUUUAAAUUGACCCAUUUUGAGGAG